UUUCAUCAUCUACUCCUCCUGCACCACAAAAUGACGCGUUCUUUGCCUUUAUAUAAAGGCAGUUCAAGGGAAUUGGAUCCUCUUAUAAUCUAAAAUGUUUGGAACACGUCGACAAGCUCGCGAUACCCACCAUGUUUCCUCUAACACGAGUCGCAAAUCCCGUUUCUGGCAUCGUAGGGACAAGGAUCGGGUGGCAGGCGGUUACAAAGUUGCUCUCAGCAAUCCCAAUACUACGCACCAGGGUCGUAAACAUGCCAAACAUGAGCUGAGGAAAAUGGGACAAGACACGCAUGUCCCCUUUAUGACCAAGGUCAAGCGAACGCUUGGAAUCCGCAGCACGACUCGCCGCACAAACUAGGAUGAUUGAUGCAAUUUAGAUAAAUAUUUUCUGUGCACGUUGAAAUGUCGAUGUUCGUGUAGUACAUUUAGCUAUAUACGUCUAAUCCUGGGUUAUCUUAAAUUCAAAUUUCUACUUCUCGAGCUCAACGGCCCGCGUCGGCCCCCAGCCGCUUACUUCAAUUCCAUCUAC